AGCUGGCCACUCUGGCUCAAGCGACCACGCUAGUCACUUAGUCUGUUCCAUACCUUUACGCCAUCUUACGUACCACGAAGUGCAACAUGAGGAAUUGUGGAUUCACGUUGUUGAUUUUGCUAAAGCGCGUGACAGCCAUUCAACAUUCCUUUGAUGGUACCGUUCUCAGACGGGAAGGGUUAGGCGGCCAUGAGGGUAGGAUCCCAUGGCAGCUUGUCAUGACGGCGAAGCAGGGGUCUAUCGAUGAGUUGCCACCAGAGCUGCGAGACAACGUUCGCAAUACUUUGCAUCUGAACCCUAAUCUUCGGGUGCGAUUCCUUAAUGACACCGGUUGCAGCGACUUCAUUGCUUCCAAUUUCGGGUCCGAGUUGCAUUCCGCGUACGUCAACGAGAAGUACGGAGCUUACCGCGGUGAUAUUUGCAGAGCGGCGGUGGUUGCGCUCGAGGGAGGUUUUUAUGCGGAUUUAGACAUGCAGUUCCGCGUUCCUUUCUCGGAAAUGGUAGACGACAACACAACUUUCAUGAGUUCGUUUGCCCAGGAUUGUGAGAUUUUGAAUGCUGUUUUCGCGGCUGAGCGCGGCAGCAAGGUAAUGCAACAUGUUGUUCAGGCGAUCAAGGGUUGGUACAUUGGGAAUGAGCAUAUUUCUGGAUUGAUGGGUCCGGUGACGAUGAUGCACGGGCUACAGAAAGUGGUGCAGGAUGAGUGCCCAGGGGUAAAUAUCAAGAGAGAAAGUUCCCAUGGGCCUGAAGUUCAAUGUGGACCUCACCAGAGUUUCCAGCUCUACAGGGAGCAGCAUUUCAAGUGCAAGUCGGGUAUGGGAAACGAUCGUCGCUACUUGGAGGCGCAUCCCGAGUGCACGCCAGCGCGGAUCGCCAACAAUUAUUUAGGCGCGCAUUACGGCAUUUUCAGGCCCACGGAGGGGAAGGUACGGGGGCCUCUUCUGGCGUGGUCCCGCUUUGACACCUGCAAGGAGUCGGGAUGUGAGCAGGCGGGCAGGAGGGAGGCCGCACCGCCGGCCGCACCGCCUCCAGUAAUCUGUACAGCAUGAUGUAAAUCCUUCGGUUGGCAGCGAUGCAUCGUUUGCUCCCCUCUAGUGGUAGUGGCGCGGUCACUUCUGCCACGGCUGAGCUUCUGGCAGCCGUGGGAUCGAUCGCGUCUCGCUGCGUUCCCUCUUCUGCGUUGGCUUCUCGGCCUGCUUGACCUCGGAGAGGGGAUGCGCACCGUGGUGUGCGACCCGCGGGACGAUGGAGGGGGCGUUUGAAGGUUUACAGCAGCCUUGCCAGCUACCACGCCUCGACGUGACAGGGGGCGCGGUGUCGGGUGAUGGAGGGAGUGAGUCUCGACCAUGCGCGACGCGGCGGCGUUCGAUCGUUUCACUCUGGCCUCCCGCGCUGCCCGCGGCAGGGGCGAGCCGGCUGCUUGCUCCACGUCCGUGUUCGACGGCCCUCGCACGGUAGGUUCGCGUCGCGCCGUCCAGCAGCGACCCCGCCACGGGCGCUCAACGCUGAACGCCGCCUGCAGUCCCACAGCGGUCGAUGUGGAGCGAUCUGGCGUUUCAGAAACGGCCAAGCGUUCAAAUGUGAGCGGUACCCGCGGCGUCAGAACCCGGCUCCGAAGUGGGCACGGCACGGAUUUGCCGUUAGGUGGGCGCAGGCAGGGACCAGAGGGCGUUCGGCGAGCGCGUGAGUUCUGCCGUUUUGCGACGCGCCUCUUGCCCAGCGCCGUGGAGUUUCGUGGGAGGUCGACGCGAGCACGUCGUUUUUGAGAGCCGGAGCUCGCCGAGGCAAGCCAUCGCGGUGCGCGCGCAGCCCGCGAUGUUGCUCGUGUUGCGAAGGCCUUACGGUUGGCGCCGUCGGCUUUGAAGGCGGGACCUCCCUUGGGACCCCCGCAAGCGACCCCCCCCCCCAGAACCCGCGGGGACCCUGGGGGAUGCGGUAUUUUUACCACGAGGAAUGAUAAGGAUGUAGUUACGACGCCCUCGAGGAGCUGCCUGGUGACCGCCCGUGCUCCGCCUGCGGGCGUGACAGCGCGCGAUGUUUGUUUAAGCGCAGCUUGUCCGAGAUCUCCUCCCCCUCCUGACACCCCUUCAGCCCGUGCAACUUCUUUCAAGACAGUGUGCGAAAAAGCAGG